AUGGAUGUAAAGUACAGAAAAGUAAAACUAUUUUAUAUUUUUAGUUUAUUCGUGAUAACAAUAGGCUCACCCAUAAACCAACUAACGACUAUAGGAAAUCAUCGAAGUGACACAGACGGCGAACUAUUUGUGAAAAGAAUUGUAGAUGGAGAAAAAUUCUCAAACAAACCCAGCUAUUUACUUUUCACCGCUCCCUAUAGACUAUGUAAAGGAGGAUGCAAUAGUACAGAUAACUUUGUUUUUGCAUUUCCAUUAUACAUCGGGAAUAAAGGGAAAGUAACUUACCAAAAUAUGUACCGCAAGGACUACAAAAAUGUCUAUUCAAAAAACGUAAAUGCACCGUUUCGAAAGAAGACAAAAAGAAAGCCUAUUACUCCUUGCCCUACAUUAAAAUUAGAAGUCACUAACAAUGUCCAUUCAGAACAGAUUCCAGAAAAUAGUAAUACUCUAAAAGCUACAAACAUGAUCGUCGAGAUGGAUGAAACUUCAAUUUUAAUAAACUUUGAAAAUACCACAAGUUUGUCAAGUAUUACGAAAACAGACUCUAACACAGUUAUUACUACAGAAUCCAUGAUAACUACUACUAAACAUUCAAAACAUUCAAAUACAGCUUAUGAAAAUACUAUGUGUCCGAAAAUAUCCUCAAGAAACUGUAAAAAAAGAAAACCUAGUACGAACGAACAAACCAUUUAUAAUGAUGACGUUAAAAUUAAUGAUUACAAAGUAGUCAAAAACGAUGUCAAUAAAAUUUUAAGAAAUGAGGAAGUUUAUUUGAAUUUCUAUGAAUUAUCUUGA